GCACUUUUAUAUAAAAUAGUAAUGGUUGAUUUAAAUAAAAUUAUCUAAAAACGUUACCACUUUUUAUGACCGGUUUUCCGUACAUGCAUAUUUUAAACUAUUAUAACUUUUGCUUUGUACACCAAAUUAUGUUUUAAAGUGGGGCUAGGCGACGAAGUGCUGGAACACACUCUAAGCCUAGGCGAGCGCUUAGGGACGCCUUUGGUACCAGAGGCGCAACUACACAAGAAAACAUAAAGUUAGCCGUCUUUGUUGAUCCUAAACCAUGUUAGCACUUUUUGUAAUUAUAAAACCACGUAGAGGCAAGAGUGAAUAUAUAAGGCUAUAUAUGCAAAGAGUUUUAGUUAAGACUUGUAAUUAACUUUAUUAGGUUUUUAUUAGGUACGACGAGGCUUUGCUGAGCUAGCACUUUUGUUAAACGGCCUAACCUCAUUUAUGCUCAGCCUGACCUCCCCUUAAGCCUAGGUUUAGUCUGCGCUUUUUAACACAUGCUGCAAUGGCUCACAAAACGUGUCUGACUUGCAAAUCGCCUGUUUUAUUGUAGUGAUUCAUCCCUUAAGCAUUGGCUCUUGACCUUGAUCAAUAGGUGACUACAUCUGACUAUGUACUAGAACUUGAAAGCUUAUCAUCUUUUACAACAAUAUAGUUGUUUAUCUGCAUUUACAUCUUAUACAAAGUUAGAUUGGAUUUUAAGAAUUAGUGGGUCGCUGGCAUCAGUCUCUCUUUACAGCUAGUGGUAACAUCCUGUGAUAAGAAAACCUAAUAAUCCUGUUCAAUUAUAAUGGUACUAGUUAGGUAAAGCAGCAAAAUAUAUAUAAGAUUAAUCUGUAAAAGGGAUACAACUGGAAUGGAUUUAUAUAUUCAUGAAGCUUAAACAAGAAUGUUGGGAAGUAACUAUACAACUUACAGAACUUAUCAAAAGUUACUAUAAAAGUUGCUAUCCUUAUGAGAAUCCAUUAUCUUUUUAAGUAAACAUCAUUGUCCAACACUAACUAACUCCCCCCUUAAUCACGUGUGUUUUGUACUAAUUAAUCUCCAUUAGCUUCUCUGCCUAUAUAAUAUGAACUCCAUCCUAAGGUUAGAACAACUCAAAUCCAGAACAAGCCAUUACCUCUGUUCCAUCUAUAUACCGAGAUGGAAAGGUUGGUGAUUCCUACGCAAGAAGUUCAUAUCGAUAUCGAUGACUCGCUAUCGAUCAGUAAAGAGAAAAACACUGACCUCGUUCAUGCCAAACCCAUUGUUCUAAUGUCUAUUUUGAGUGGUCUCCAUGCGGGCUAUUUCAGAAUAAGCCUCUCUCUCUGCAGCCAAGCUCUGCUGUGGAAGAUAAUGAUUGCACCUGAUUCAAUGAGCAUGUCCCAUUUGCAUAGCAAUCUCCCGUCUAUGGCAUUCCAUCUCCUGUGGUACUUAGCACUUGCAACACAAGUGUUACUCUGUCUUUUGUAUGCGUUGAAGUGUUUUUUCUUCUUUGACAUGGUGAAGGAAGAGUUCUCCCAUUAUAUUGGAGUGAACUAUCUUUACGCUCCAUCCAUCUCAUGGCUUAUCUUGCUUCAGUCAGCUCCCAUGAUGGAACCACAAAGCAUUUUGUAUCAGACAUUAUUCUCGGUGUUUGCUCUUCCGGUCUUGACCCUCGACACAAAGCUUUAUGGCCAGUGGUUCACCACAGAGAAAAGGUUUUUGUCGAUGAUGGCAAACCCGGCAAGCCAAGUAUCAGUAAUAGCAAACCUAGUGGCUGCAAGGGGAGCAGCAGAGAUGGGUUGGAGAGAGUGUGCUUUAUGCUUGUUCUCGCUAGGGAUGGUUCACUAUUUGGUUAUCUUUGUCACACUUUAUCAACGCCUACCAGGUGGAAACAACUUCCCGACCAAGCUGAGGCCAGUUUUCUUCUUGUUCUUUGCUGCACCAGCCAUGGGAAGUUUAGCUUGGAACUCUAUUUGUGGAAGCUUUGAUCCUCUAGCAAAGAUGUUGUUCUUUCUUUCAAUCUUCAUCUUCAUGUCUCUGGUCUGUAGGCCAAAUCUUUUCAAGAAGUCAAUGAAGAGAUUCAAUGUCGCAUGGUGGGCUUACUCGUUUCCAAUCACCUUUCUUGCUUUAAACUCAGUUCAGUAUGCACUGGAGGUGAAAGAACAGGUCGCUGCUGGAUUAAUGCUCAUCUCCUCAUCUAUCUCAGUUUUGAUUUUCCUCGGUUUGAUGAUACUGACCGCAGCAAACAGCAAUCGACUACUCAGACGUGAUCCUGUUCUCGGUUCUGUUACUAGUCCAAAAGUCAAGUCAAGGCAAAGAAGCUAGUCUUCUUAAGAUUUUCCACUUACAAAACCAAGUGCUUGUUUUUUUUUUUGGUAAACAUGUUAAAGAUUAUAUUACCAAACCCAAGUGCUUGUUUUUUCAUAGCUUCCAUGUUCUUUUUUUAUGUGUACUCUUUCAAUGUAUUGAUGCAACCACCAUGGUUUUAAGUUUUAACCAGAGAUGGCUUACUAGUAAUAAAUGGUGCGAUCGUCAUGAAACUUUUCCCUAACUGCAAAGAAGCGAUGCAUCUUUGCAGUUCAAUAUUUUCCAGCAAGAAUUUCAUUGGAAAAACUUGGUUAUAUUUUUCUUUUGUAUUUUGAUUUCAAUAUAUUUAUAAUAGUUAUUCGCAAUUAGUUAUAUAUAUUGUUGUAAAAUAAAUGUGAUAUCAACAUACUGACUUUUUAUAAAAAUAUAACAGAGAUUUAAUUGUAUGUUCCAUAGAGUGUUGUUUGAUGCUUAAAAUGACCAUGGUUUCUUUUGAUAAAUCAUUAAGUUAGAAUAAUUAUAUACAAUAUUAGUUUUAUUUUAAAUAUAUUUCAAUAUUUUAUUUUAGUUAGAAUUAAGAUUUUCAAUACCUUUUUGUAAAUAUUUGUUUAUAUUUACCUAUCUUUCGAGUUUUAAUAAAUUCACCUAUAUAUUAAAAGAGAAGUCACUUUAGUGAGGUCUGGUGUGAAGUUUCAAAAGAAUUGUUAUAAUUUGAUUGGUCGAUUUUUUUAAUUUUUAUUUAUUUAAAUUAGAUCUAAAAAUUUAAAGUAAGUCUAUAAACAUUUAACAUCACUUGCCAUAUAAUCUAAAGAAUAUU